GUAUAAGCAGAAAGUUCAUUCAUUCAUUCUGUGAAAAUUGUUGUUUCCGUAAAGUAGAAAUAUUGAGAAGAAAAAAUUCAGUAUAUAUUUUAAUAUAUUCUUGAAAAGCAAUUCACUUCCGGUACAAUCGAUAUUUUAGCUCAGAUUUAACGAGAACUAAUAAUGGAAUCCACUUGCGGUAUUUUUGAUUUGCCUUUGGAGGUCCUGCUGAUGGUGUUCAAGGAAGUGAAAGCUGAGAAGGAUAAGCUGAACCUGGCCCAGGCUCACAAGGUCUUUGGAACUGCCUUUGCAAUGGACGCUGGCAGCACUUACAGGAAAAUCAUGUUCGAUGAACGCCCCAUCCAGGAGUGGAAGAUCAUAUUGCCCCUAUGUGGCGCUUCGGUGUUGCGAAUCGUAACCAAGAACGUGAGGACUACCGUGAAAGUGACAAAGUUGGCUUCCGAGUUUUGUCCGAAUUUGGAGGAGUUUUUCAUACCCGUACGCAGUCAUUUCUGGAACCACGUGACUCCAGUGCUAUCGACCAUGAAACGUCUCAAGUGGAUCGGGUUAACCAACAACUAUGAACGCGUCAAGGUGGUCAAGACCUUGCGAAUGCUUCCCAAUCUGAGAUUCUUGGAUUUGGCAAAGUUUUCCCUUCCAGAUAUGAUGGCCCUCAAGGAAUUGGUGGAUUUGGAGUCCAUUUCGGUUGUAAACGGACGUAAGGAGUCUGUCGAUCUUUACCAGAUGUGUUCUGGGAUGAAGAAUCUAAAUGGCAUAGAUAUGAGGUAUGUGGAUAUACGUAUUCCUAAGGAGGAGCAGGAUACGGCUGUGUGGCCCAAGAUGGGCUUCAUUCGAAUUGGUUACGGGAAAUUCCACACCCAGAUGCCGUUUAUGCCAGUUUUGAAGUAUCUGACUAUAGAAAGUACUCACCCCACCAUGAAACUAAACCAUAUAUUAGGCACUUCUGUUAUUAAAUACGAAAAUAGCUUGGAAUAUCUUCGGUUUUGUCCAGAAACCGACCGGAAUCUCGACAAAGCCGGAGCAGUUGCUUUAUGUCACCUUAAGGCACUCAAAAUUCUAGAGUGCCGGCUGGAAAAUGAUGAGAUCAUCGGGUCAUACAUCAUUCAACUGAAGAAACUUGAACAUCUUAAUCUUCAACACUCCACCAAGGUGACCAAUUACGGAGUUCUUUUGCUCUUGAAGCAUUGCAAGAGGCUGCGGAAGCUUAAUCUUUUCGGUUGCACCAACAUAAACCGAAAUUUGCUUGGACCAGCAACUCAUAUCCUGUUAAGGAACGGUGUUAGGCCAGAUAAUCCUUUGGUUGUCCAAGUUGGUCGCGAAUUCGGAGCCAGACCUCCGAACCGUGUCCUACAACUUCCUGAAUAAUCAGCUAAUGUUGAUGUAACUAUGUUUCUUUAUGAAAAACUUUUAGAUGUUGGCUAUAUUUCCCGACAAUUUUAACCAUGUUUUUAAAUUCAGAAAAAUCGUAAAAAAUUUAAAAUUUUUAUCAUCAUUUUUAGAGUAAUAUCUUUAUAAGAAUCGAAUAGACUAGAGAGUGAUUGAUCUCUUUGAACAACUUAUGUUGGAAAAUCAACUAUAAUUGAAACAAGAAAUCUUAAUAAGGAAUGAUCUAUUAUCACUAAUAUGUAACAGAGUUUUAAGAAUUUAAUACUAUGAAUCCUCAUAUCUUUGAAUCUUUGUACCUUUGGAUAAUGAAAGAAAGAUAAAAGAUAGUUACAUUGGAAAUUAUAGCCACCAUAAAGAAACAAGUUAUAUCUAAAGCGAAAUUUUAUCAAAAACAUGUUAAUAUGAAAUUUGUUCAACCUUUUAAAGAGUCGCCCCAUAACUGUGAGACCUGAAAACGUAAGCUUAUUGUUUUCAAUAAAAAUUAAACUUGGGAUGACUCGAAACAUUUGCAUCUCUUAUUAUUAAUUCUCUUAACCGUCUAUGGGCUCAUAUUUUGGACCACUGACUUGGCCAAAAAUAGCCAGAAUCGUCGGGACAACAGCCAAGCAUGCAGCACUGCCCAGAAAAUAAAAGAGAUCGGAGAAGGUAGGGGCAAGAUAAGUCGGGCCAGACACGCCAGACACUCUGGCGACGCCUUGAGAAAUUUUCCUUCGUCUUCUGAGCGUUCACAAUAAUAAAGAAAAUAAAUAUAACAAAAAGAAAGAAAAAAUACAGCCCAGAAAUACACACACGCUUGCGUCGAAAGGGAACCAGAAGACGUACAACAAAAUAAGACCAUAAAUGCAUUUUAACAAAAGGCAAACCAAGAAGAGCCAAUGAACCUAAAGAGCAAAAAAAAAAAAACAUUUUUUUUUUAACGAAAACCAACAGAAAAAAUAAAGAACCAAAGCCCCAAACCAAAGACCAUAAAUAAGCCGACUUCGGCUUCGUUGCGCAUGCGCCGCAGCGUUUCUGGCUGCACUUCAACUUGAGUCUCUGUCUGUUGAGUCUCCAGCCUCUUCCACGUCUGCGCCGUGGAGCCCCUAUCUCUCUUCUCGCCAUCUGGAGGUAGAGCCCCUUUGGUAAUCUCGGAUUGUUCUUUCGAACAGUGGGAAUCCGAACUCUGGUUUAAAACUGUAUUUUGGCUAAAUUUUAAUUCAUGAAUUAUUGUACAAAAAGUGGUAUUUUAUUGUAAACAUAAUCGAAUGCCUAAAUAUAAAUAUUUCUUAAAUGAUUCUAAAGCCUAAUUUCAGAGAAUUAAUAAGUCGUUUUAGAUAGUUUUUUGUAACGCCUCUACCUGUGCAGCCAGCCGAUUUAUGCCAAUGGAAUUUCAACAGCUCGGACACACUUUUCUAGUGCAAUUUUUCACUAAUGAUGACUAAUUCACUUGCUGGUGGGCCCGAAUGAUUCACGCAUUUGCCGAAAGGUGCGAAAUGCCAAACACAGGUGGCCGCCCUCUAAACAACACUACUCGGCCGAAAAACUUGCAGCUGGUGUCAGUGGGCCAUGUUAACAUUGUUCUUCUGUCACCAGACAUUAAUCUUAUUUUUUACGUGACAUGCUGGUCGAAUUACAAUCAAAAUCCAAUUAUGUGUUAUCAGUAGAAGAUCUGAGAGCAAGUCAGAGUUCAAGUUGAAUAUGUAGAAAUUCAAGAGGAGGAAAUGGUUUUCUAGCCCGAGGCGCAGUUUCAGCUGUUAAUUUGAAAAUUAGAUAAUUGGGACUGGAAAGAGGCUGGAGCUGAAAAACGAAGCGCACACAAAACACUUGACCCAAUUCGAUGCUCGAAGACCCUUCAGCCAGAGAAACACCACACUCGAGCAUUUGAAACUUUCGAAUUGGGGAUAUUGGAGACUGUUUAUAGAAGAGUUUAGGUUUAAUAGGCCUUAAAAAGUACAUUCGAGUCUUUAUUAUAUGCUACGUAGCCCCAAAGAUCCUAUUCUCUUGUAAUAAUUACAAAAACUGGUAUUUUCAAUCCAUAUCUCCAAUGCACUUGCUGGUCCAGCGCAAUGCCAAAUUAUAUAGCAGCAGCCAGCAGCGACAAGUGGAACUUUUGCAUAACAAUUUAAUUAAAGUUUGCAAAAAGCCUGAGCGUAGUAGAAAAAAAAGAAACCUAGCCAAAAAGCCGCGAAAACUUAUAGCUUAAAAGGCAAUCACAAAGGCCAGGAUCUUAACUGGCAGCCAAAGCAACAACUUGGCUUGAAAAUAAACUUUAAUUAUUUAUGAAGCGAUUUUUAAAGCUUUAUAUUUUAAAGAGUAUUAAAAGGUUGAUUUCUUAAAUAAGCAAAUAGUUGGAAAAGAGAAAAGGGUAGUAAUUGUACUUGACCUGAAUCCUAAAAACAUAUUUUAGACUAAAGCUAUACAUCAUGAACUGAUGUCGAAAUACACAACCGGUCGAUAUCCACGAGUUUGGCCACUUUUGGGCUGCAUUCACGCAUUGUCUUUGGUGGAGUGGAAGCCGCCAGGCUGUCUAAGACCAGUAGUAGGCCAACCCACCGACUAACCAGGCAUCCAACCAAACAACCAUCCAGCCAGCAAUACAAACCAAACCCAGUUGAAACCAGGGCCCAAAGCAGUUGACUUUUUGGCGUAUGUUGCAAACAGAUCCUCGCCAUAAUUGGAAGCAGUCGCGCGGAACUUGUUCAGC